AAUAGUUUCAAAAUUUCAGUUUUAAAAAUUCAAAAUUCAAAAUUCAAAAUUUCUGAAAAUGAAGCGUCUGUUUAAUCUCAAAAACCAUGCGGCUCUACAGCAAUUUUCUUCGAACCCUGAACAAGUAACGACUAAUGAAAUACCUAAGGGGCUUGUAGCUAAUCUUAUAAAGUUUUGGGAGGGGAGAAGUACAAAUUCCCCUCCUCAAUUAGCUAUAAGCCCCGGUAUAAUAAAAUAUUUUAAUGGCGAUACUGAGGAACCGUCAUCUCCGGUUCAAGGUUCAUUAAUGUCCAUUGAAGAAGUUGACUCGAAAAAUGCACUAGAUACCCAUUUAUGUCAAAACGAAAUUUCAUAUAACGAUAUGAGUGAGCCGGACUAGCGAGUAUGAAUGUGUUAAAUGUUAACAGAGAAUUCCGGAAUAAAGGUUAGAGAAGAUGGAAUCUAUUUCUAUUUCUGUUAGAGUGGCUUGAAAGAUGCAUGCAAAUAAAACGACAUGCAAAAUAUAAUUGACACAGAAUGACGAUUAAAUACAACCCUUUGGAUAUAAAUUUUUGGCUACAACAUUCAAUAAGUUAAAAUAUAUACACAUUCACCAUAAA